GGAAAAAUUCAAUAUGGUGGACGAGGGAGUUUUAAGAUUAAAAUUUUGACAGAAUUUACCUAUUACUGUCUGUUUGAAAGACAAAAUGGGGAAUAAACAGAGUCAAACAGAUAGUUCACCGAAUAUACAAGUGGAUCAUUCUAAUUCUAUACCGAAUUCCCGCCGUUUAAACCAAAUAGAUAGUGUUUUUGAGAAAAUACUGACAGCAUCAAAGUUAGAAGAUGAGACAGAGUCCCACAAUUCACUGACAUUAAACGAUUUUGUGACAUACUUUCAACAAAAAGGAGCAUCAUCAUAUCUUAGUGAACAACUUUUCAAGUCAAUGUGUGGAAGUACUGAAAUUAAGACUGUGGACUCUAAUGAUAGAAAAUGUACACUCUCGAGGAAGGAAUUUUGCAAGGCAUGUUCCUCUGUUGUUGAACUACAUGGAGAAUCCAAUAUACAAGAAUUUUACUUUACAGUUUAUGCAGAGGGGAGGCACAUGUCAAAACAAGCUUUGAAGAUUCUCACUGAAGACUGUUUCAAGCUUGCUUUGCUUUCUCUUGGACUGAAUUAUGACAAUAAAGAUGUAGUAAACAAUCUUAUGGAUUCUCUCUUGAAAACAUUGGUCUCUACAGGAUCAGAAAUAAGUUUAGAUGAUUUCACGAGAUAUUGUAGUCGUCAUUUUCCAAGGUUGUUAUCAGGUGUACAUUGCUUCACUUCACAGCUGUUACUUGGUGAGGUACAGCCCCCCAUUGAAGUGUCAAGUGACAUAGAAAGAUUGAUGAAUGGAACAUGUAUCCUAGAUCUUGGUGCUCUGUGGUUGUUGACCUGUGUACUACCAUUGACCUAUACGACCUCUGACCUUACAGGCGACUCACAAAGUGUUACACAUGUACAAAACCCUUUGGCUGGUGCUGCCAUCUCUUCUCCCUGGCACAAUCUCUACAGCAGCAAUGAUCAUGGCCUGAGUAUGAAUCGCUUCCAGAACCAUGUCUUUUCAUACAGAGGCCCCACUGUGUCUGUCAUAUCAUUCGAGGGAGGACAUUCAUUUGCAGUUGCUGUAGAUGAGGAAUGGAGGGAAGGGAGUAGCAGAUGGGGUCAGGAGACUUCCACAUUGAUUACAUGUAUAUUUCAUGAACUGCAGCCACAGUUUAGAUUCAUGAAAGCUGGUGCAGGUCUGAUGUACUAUAACCAAAAUAAUCGUAACUUACCAAGAUGCAUCCAAGUGGGUUGUGACUCUAAAUCUCUCGUUCUAGUCAUAGAUACAGACUUUACUACAGUCACCUAUUAUGGUGUGCAAUAUAAACUAUACAAUAUUGAGUCACCUAUUAUGGUGUGCAAUAUAAACUGUACAGUAUUGAGUAUUGAGGUGUGGGGCUGCGGAGGUAAUGAUGUAAGAGGAGAUCAGGAGAAACAGAAACAAUGGGAAAGAAAGGAGGCACAGAAACAUGCUCAAAGAAAGUUGAAGCUUGAAGACUGGAGAGACAACCCUGAUAAACAGCUAUUAGAAUUAGGUGGAGUAAGCACAGAACAUGCACAAAGGUGAUUUGGUACAUUACAGUUAUAAGUUGAUUUGGAAACAUAAACGCCACGUUUUUUGAAUAGGACCACAGAACACGAACAAAGGGGAUCUAGCAUAUUACGCCAAUACAUGUUGGUUUGGGAAUGCAAAUGCCAUUUUCCUUUGAAUAGGAAACAUCUUUCUAAUUCUAGUGAACUGUAUAUAUACAAGGUGGCUAUCAUUCACUUAACAUAUAUUGGCAUAGUUAAGAAAUACAUGAAGAAUUGGGAACAUACAUGUAAGUGAAGCCUCAGUGGUACAUGUAUAGAGAUCUAGAAGCACCUCUUAUGAACACUAAAGACUGUAAUAUUAGGUGUUGUAUUCACUAAACAUACAUUGUGCAUUGGGACGAUAUGAUAAUAUAAAAAGAAAUAGGAACGCAAAUGAAAUAAAAACAUUUCUCUCAAAGGGAACUGUACAUAAUUUAAAAAAGAACAUUAAUCAAUGUUACUUUAACAAGCUUUGUACAUAUAGUGCAAUGGAAUUUUAUAUUUAUUUCAUAUUUAUUCCUGUAUUGCUUUUAAAGGAGGAUUAUUUUACCAGUGGUUAUUAAGGUAAACACUUAUCACUUAUACUGUAUAACCUAUUCAUAUUAAAGAUACAAUACAGUAUUGGCCAACUGAUAUAAA